AUGGCGGCGGCGGCGGCGGCGGCGGCGGCGGGGCGGGCCGUGGCGGCGUGUGGGGCCCGCGCCGCUCUGGGGGCCCGCCGGGCCCGCGCCGCGCUGGGCCGCGCUGCCAGCGGCACUGCCGGCACCGAGGCGGUGCUGCGGGAGCGGCUGCGGCGGCACCAGGCGGCAGAGGGACCCCUGGGACUCGGCGCCGGCCCGGAGCAGGAGGAAGAGGAGGAGCAGCGGCGACGGCGGGAGCGGAUGGCGGCUGCCCGGCGGCUGGCCCUGCGGCUGGCGGGGCUGCUGGGUGCCGGCACCAGUGUGGCGAUCGUCUACAUCUUCGGCAGCAAUGCGGUGGAUGAGCACGGCGCCAAGAUCCCCGAUGAGUUCGAUGGUGACCCUGUGGGCAUCCAGCAGCUCCGCAGGACGUACAAGUACUUCAAGGACUACAGGCAGAUGAUCAUCGAGCCCACCAGCCCCAAGCUGCUGCCAGACCCCCUGCGUGAACCCUACUACCAGCCCCCCUACACCCUCGUCAUCGAGCUCACCGACGUCCUGCUGCACCCCGAGUGGUCGCUUGUCACGGGCUGGCGCUUCAAGAAGCGCCCGGGCAUCGAGAGCCUCCUCCAGCAGCUCGCGCCCCUCUACGAGAUCGUCGUCUUCACCUCUGAAACCGGCAUGACCGCUUUCCCCCUCAUCGACAGCGUGGACCCCCACGGCUUCGUCUCCUACCGCCUCUUCCGCGAUGCCACCCGCUACAUGGACGGACACCACGUCAAGGACAUCUCCUGCCUCAACAGAGACCCGGCGAAGGUGGUGGUGGUGGAUUGCCGGAGAGAAGCUUUUUGCCUCCAACCCUACAACGGGCUGGCGCUGCCCCGCUGGGACGGCAGCUCCGACGACCGCGCGCUCUACGACCUCACCGCUUUCCUUAAAACCAUCGCCCUCAGCGGGGUGGAGGACGUCCGGACGGUGCUGGAGAAUUACGCGCUGGAGGAGGAUCCGCUGGCGGCUUUUAAACGGCGCCGGUCGCAGCUGGAAGAGGAGGAGCAGCAGCGCUUGGCCGAGCUGGCACAGGGCAAGAAGCCGACGGGGCUUUUCCUGGGCGCCCUGGCCGGCCGCCUCUGGCCGCGCUCCAAGCAGCAGUGAUGUCAGCGUGAUGUCAGCGGGACGGUGCCGUGAUGUCAUCGGGACGUCGGCGGGGGGGCGGGGUGGGGGGUGGGGGGGGCUGCACCCCGUUUGUCGGCGCUCUGGAAGCGGGGGGGGGUGAUGUGUCACCCCUGGACAUGGACAGUGGCGGGCAGAGGUGCCGGCA